AUGCAAGUACCGCUCGACUGGUCAGAGCCCGGCGGUGCCAAGAUCAGCCUCUUCAUGACCAAGAUCAAAUCCACCUCGACGACCAACGGUUCAGGGAACAAGAUCGGCAGUCUGCUUUGGAACCCAGGUGGGCCCGGAGUCACAGCCAGUAUAACAUGUCAAUUGAUCGCGACGGGCCAGAUCGAGUACUUCAGCCCUGCCCUGUAUGAGCAUUUCGACAUUAUUCCGCAACUGUUUGUCGACGAUGCCGCUUCGUUCCAGAGACUGGCCGAUUGGAAUCGAGCCUUCGGCAACAGCUGCUGGCUGACCUUCGGCCUCGCACUCAAUCAAUCCCUGUCCGGCAACGCAACAUUGCUUUCCACCACCGUGCAAACCGCUGUCUCCAACGACGCCUUCUCCGGCAUUGUCAUCGGCUGCCUCGAUUGGACGGCCAAGAAUGCUCUCUUUCCUGAGCACCAGGCGCUGCAGCAGCUCGGCUCCGUCGUGGCACCCCAUACUCUGGGUGCGAAUCAAUUCUUCCAGCACAGUAGCUGGUGCAUCAACUGGCCGGUGCCGAUCGCAAACCCGCCGCAUUGGCUGAACGCCGCGCAGGUGACAAAGUUGCCGCCCGACUCGGUCCUGCUUGUCAACGCAGAGUUCGAUCCGGAAACCUGGUAUAUGUGGGCGCAGGGUCUGAAAGAUCAGCUGACGACUUCUGCCGCAAACGGUGAUAGUAAAGCGGUGGUAUUGAUGAGAAAAGGCGAUGGACACACCAGCUACGCCAUACAGGGCCAAGCCGCAAGGAUCAUGGACGCGUUUUGGGUGAAUAGAACCGUGCCAGGGAAUGGAACUGUGGUUGAUUCGUAA